AACCUCAGCGAAGUGUACAAGAAUGUACCAAUGAACUACUAUGUCAAAAUCAAAAUCAAGAAAAAUAAUGCACAAACGAACUCAAAGGCAUUCGAUUUCAUCGAGCGAGCGAAAAAACUCGAUUGCUGUCACUUUCUGUACAGGGAAGAUACGGUCGAAUCAGAAAACAAUGACGACUAGAUGGAUGUUAAUCAUUUUUGACAGGAAUCAUCUGGUCAAAACAGUGAUAUUAUCGACAUUAGAAAACAUUGCUAAACACGAUUGUUCAAGUAAUUAGCGUAGAAGAUGUGUUAAUCGAACUGGUAUCAAAUUUGUAACGCAUAUUUCACAUACUGGUUUUUUAUGCUCCGAUGAAAAAAAAAGUAAAUCUGAAGUUUCCUCGUCAUAACAAAAACUCAAAGUUCGCAAAAUUCAAGUCUGCGGCUCCCACUAAACUAAUAAUCAUGGUGUGUUUGUGUGAGUGUGUGUGUACGUAUGUAUGUAGGUGAGUGAUUUACGACAAGCUGAUGGUGUUUAUUUCAUUCGCCUGGUUGUCCGUAUCAAGCAUGACUUGAGGAAUUCCUCUACUUCAACGGAGACUGCUGGAAGAGACGUCCCAAGGCAACAACAGGACGGUAUCAAUCUAAUCAAAAUUGCUUGGUGGGCCUUCACUGUGUGUGUUGGUUCGGUGUAUGUCAGCCAUACAGUCAGACAUCGUGACAUACAAGAAAAGAAAAACGUUGUGUAAUGAUGGAUGGAGUGGAAGUAACGUGAAGCAAUUACCCAAAACUGGUGACAUUGAAUCGAAGGAAAAGAAUUAAUCUGUCGUGACUGUUUUUUUUAGUUCCCAGUAAAAAAAGUCGUUUAAAUGGAAGUUUAGGCACUUUAGAAUUUGGUGACUUCGCACGCGAACCGGUCGCGUCGGACAGCACGAUAACCCACCACAAUGGACACACACAGUGAACCGGAAGUGCCACCGGCACCAGUAAGCGAAGAACCCUUCCUCGGCCCGCUGGAUUUGGUGCUGCUGACGAUUCUGGUGGCCGGUGCCGCCUGGUUCCUGCUGAAAAACCGGAAAAAGGAUUCACAACCCAGCCAGUUCAAGUCGUACUCGAUACAGCCAACCACCGUCAACACGAUGGCGAUGACGGAGAACUCCUUUAUCAAGAAGCUAAAAUCAUCUGGCCGUCGGUUGGUAGUGUUUUACGGUUCACAAACCGGCACAGCGGAAGAAUUCGCCGGGCGACUGGCGAAGGAAGGUCUUCGUUACCAGAUGAAAGGUAUGGUGGCUGAUCCGGAGGAAUGUGACAUGGAAGAACUACUUGCGCUCAAGGAUAUUGACAAAUCGUUGGCUGUAUUCUGCCUAGCAACAUACGGCGAGGGAGAUCCCACAGACAAUUGCAUGGAGUUCUAUGAAUGGAUCCAGAACAAUGACGUGGACAUGGCCGGGCUUAAUUACACAGUGUUUGGACUUGGAAACAAGACCUAUGAGCACUACAACAAGGUGGGAAUCUAUGUGGAUAAACGUUUGGAGGAACUCGGCGCUACCAGAGUGUUCGAAUUGGGCCUUGGAGAUGACGAUGCAAACAUUGAAGAUGAUUUCAUCACCUGGAAAGACAAGUUCUGGCCGGCGGUGUGUGAUUUCUUCGGUAUCGAGAGCACCGGGGAAGACGUGAUGACUCGUCAGUAUCGUCUACUUGAGCAACCGGAAACACCGGCCGAACGGCUGUACACGGGUGAGAUUGCUCGACUGCACUCGCUGCAGACACAGCGACCACCGUUCGACGCGAAAAAUCCAUUCCUGGCACCAAUCAAGAUCAAUCGAGAGCUGCACAAGGCUGGUGGCCGAUCCUGUAUGCACAUUGAAUUCGAUAUCGAAGGAUCCAAGAUGCGAUAUGAAGCUGGUGAUCAUUUGGCAAUGUAUCCCGUUAAUGAUAGUGAUUUGGUUGUAAGGCUUGGCAAGUUGUGCAAUGCCGAUCUGGACGUUAUCUUUUCAUUGAUUAACACCGAUACGGAUAGCAGUAAGAAGCAUCCCUUCCCUUGCCCAACUACGUACAGGACGGCUUUGACGCAUUACAUAGAAAUAACGGCGCUGCCAAGAACGCAUAUCCUGAAGGAAUUGGCUGAGUAUUGUAGUGAUGAAAAGGACAAGGAAUUCUUACGUUUCAUGUGUUCUACAGCUCCGGAAGGUAAACUCAAGUAUCAGGAAUGGAUUCAGGACAGCUGUCGAAACAUUGUGCAUGUGCUGGAGGACCUUCCAUCGUGUCAUCCUCCGAUCGAUCACAUUUGCGAGUUGCUACCACGGUUGCAACCUCGGUUCUAUUCGAUUUCCUCUUCGUCGAAACUGUACCCCACUACGGUGCACGUCACGGCCGUUCUGGUCAAGUAUGAAACGAAAACCGGUCGCGUAAACAAAGGUGUCGCCACAACAUUCCUUUCCCAGAAGCAUCCGAUGAACGGAGAACCGCUGCCACGGGUUCCUAUCUUUAUUCGGAAAAGUCAGUUUCGGUUACCGGCAAGGACGGAAACACCGGUCAUCAUGGUUGGCCCUGGAACGGGGCUGGCUCCGUUCCGUGGGUUCAUCCAGGAACGAGACUUCCACAAGAAAGAUGGCAAAGAAAUCGGUCAAACCAUUCUGUACUUUGGCUGCCGGAAACGGUCCGAGGAUUACAUUUAUGAAGAGGAAUUGGAAGAUUACGCCAAACAAGGUGUCAUCAAUUUGCGAUGCGCCUUCUCUCGGGAACAAGCCCAUAAAGUGUACGUCACACAUCUGCUGGAGGAAGACAUGGAUCUUCUGUGGGAUGUGAUAGGGCAGAAAAAGGGUCAUUUCUAUAUUUGCGGUGACGCAAAGAAUAUGGCCACCGAUGUGCGAAACAUUCUGCUGAAAAUGCUAAAGACCAAGGGCAACCUGAGCGAUACGGAAGCUCAGCAGUACAUCAAAAAGAUGGAAGCCCAGAAGCGAUACUCGGCCGAUGUGUGGAGUUAAUUCACCGUACGAACCGUUCGUUUCUCCUAUUAUUAGUGUAGUAGCUCUUUCGUUUUUAUCGUAUUUCAUGUCAGACACCUGCAGAAAAAAAAUUCAUCAUUAUGAGCUGUUUCAAUGCGGCUUAUUCAUUUGUUGAUGCCUAUCGCGUGAAAAUGUGGUAUGGUUCUUCGAGGGAUUCUUGUUAAUAACUUUGUUAACACUAACGGAAUGUGCCCGGAAUGCUUUUUUUGUGCUCACAAACUCAACAAUCGAACAAAAUUUUUAUACACCCCAACAAGAGGGAAAGGGAACCGGGAACUAAUCGGUCGAAUGUGUAUUUUUCUUUUAAGCCGACGGUACAUUGACAACUAUUUAACAAAAAAAAAAUGAACGUUUGUCCACUGUUCAGUGAAUUUCUACGCAACGAUUGGUUGACAGUUGUUGGAACCAGUCAGCCGAUAUGCCUUAUUCUGAUUCAUUAGAGGAAUAGUAUACUGGCAGUUUUAGUGAUGAAAAACUAAGUGUCUAUAGAGUACAACUUUUUUUUUAACAUGGUUAGUAAGAAGAGAGGCAAAAAAAGAACCAUCAGCCGGAAACUUUAGUGCGAAUCGGGUGUUUAGUACGUACCAGUUACAGUAAAUUCACGACGGCUAGUGAACGAUCGUCGAUAGUAUAGGACAAAGAAUGCAAUACUUUUUUUGGAGAUAUAUUUGAAGGUAGCUAAUUGAUAAGUGA